GAUUUAAAUAUUUCCUCCAGUUUCCAUACGACGUCGAUUUGGAGCCGCAUCGGCAUCGGGAGGAGCGAAGUAGAAGGCGGCAGUCGACGGCGGAGAAUGAAGAGGAGCGCGUCGGAGUUGAUCCUGGACCUGGAGGCGUUCCUCCGGCCGGACGGAGAUGAUCGGAGCCCCACUUCGCCUUUCCUCGAGGAGCUCCUUCUCCCCGCGGCACUGGGUUUCGGAUUGCAGGAUGCGUUCAGCGGCUCAGGUCAGUUGCUGAGCGGAGGGAACCAGGCGUGGUCACAGAACCUGACGCCUAAGCACUCAGAGAUGGAGUCACGAUCCUCGAUUUGUGUUGAGACACCAGCUUCAUCAAAUAAGCUUAUGACAACAACAAAUCAAUCCCUUGGAGCAAGUGGAUCUGAACAAUCAGAUGAGGAAUCCUUGGAAAUAGAGGGUGGGUUAUGUGAACAAAGCACAAAUGUUAUGGACAAUAAGCGCAUGCGGAGGAUGGUGUCCAAUCGAGAAUCUGCUAGACGAUCAAGAAAGAGAAAGCAAGCUCAUCUCGCUGAUCUUGAAUUGCAGGUUGACAAACUCCGAGGCGAAAGUGCUUCUUUAUUCAAACAACUGACUUCCGCAAAUCAAGAAUUCAGUGAAGCCAUCACCGACAAUCGGAUUCUCAAGUCGAACGUAGAAACACUGAGAAUUAGGGUGCAGAUGGCAGAAGACAUGGUGACCAGGGGCACCUUAGCUUGUAAUCUAGACCAUCUUCUACAGACCAAUCUACGAUCGCCAAAUUUUCUCGAUCCUCAACCGCCAUCCCGAGCAUCACCGGACUUCCUCCCGGCCAUCAACUUUCAAGGUAACGAAUCUAACUACAUUCCCAUUCCAACUCCUGGACAAGCACACAACAUAGGGCUGGAGAAUGGAGAUGCAAAGAAUACAGACAUCAGGUCGGGUUUGAGCAUUCCAAAUCCUGGCGGGGAGAACCUGCAUAAUGGAAUUGCUAGUGAAGUGGAGGGUGACAUUUGGGCGUGCGACUCCAACGUAGACAUGAUGCCCAAGUAAGUAUCAUAAUGUCAUUGUAUCAUUCACCCAAUAACUUACUCAGGUGUUGGGUUUAUCACGUUUACGGAACUCUGGGGAUUCUCCAUGUUAUCUGACUUACAUAAUUCUACUACUCAUAUCAUGACUACUAAAUUUGCCCCUUUUAA